GCAGAUGCGCCGGGCCAUGCGAGAAAACAGGCUCCAGCAGCUUCAGCAACGGCUGGGUGGAGAUGCUUGCGACUAUGAGCCCGCCGGCGAAUCGGUGGGAUACCUGCCGACAAGAUGACAACCAAUCUGUUCACACAUCCCCACCUGAUGAUUCUGACGAUGAUGAUGCAGUCCUCAGGCGGAUUGCCCAACCAGCCAGGUUGCCAGAGUUGUCGGGGCGCACAGCCAGGUUUUGAUCGCCCUCCGGAUCGAGGAAGGACAUGGGUGGGUCCUGCCCGAUUGGUCCAGGUGAUCCAGGCUUGGGAAAAUCCCUACGACAAGCACGAGAAGUUCUUGAGAUUGAAGCUUGGAGAGACCUUGAAGUUGACACAUCCAGAGUUAAACAUCGAUGGCUUGGGACUCUUCGGCGGGAAGAAGUACGAUGGCAUGGAUGGUCCUGCAGGAUGGUUCCCUUCCAAGUGUGUCUCUCCCAUACGGGAGCCGCACGUCCGUGGUCAAGAUGCCGAUCUGGCGGGUGGAAGGGGGCUCUGCAAAUUCGAAGAUGACUGGGACACCUAUACCGAUCCGGCCACCAUGCAGAAAUGGUACCACCGGCGCUCCACGGAGGAGUAUUUCUUCGAACGAAACCCCACAGGAUGGAAGAUGUAUUUCACCGAUAAGCAUCAGACCGAGCGAAGGUGGUGGUAUCAUGAGGCAGACAAUCGUUACUUCUUCGAGAAGUACGAGACCGUGGGGUGAAGGAGUGUCUUACUCUAUGUCAACGCUGGAGCAAGCAGGGAUCCAAUGCUGCUGAAUUGAGCCUCCCUUGAGGGCUUGUGCUACCGGUUCCGUGCCCGAGUGACUUGGGUAAGCUCGGAGAGCCAGGGUAGCUAAAACCUGGGCUAAGAACGUG